AUGGCAGAUUAAGAAAAGAACCUGGACCCUCCUCUAGAGUAGCCAGAUCAGGAAUAAUCUCUUUUAUAAAAUGCUUAAGAAAAUGGGCAAGUUUUUGAAAUUGAUGGUUAACAAUAAACUCAAAAAGAUUCAGAUGCUCAUCAGGCGGGACGAGUUCUUAAUAAUGUUAAACAUUAAGAUGAUCAUAAAAUGAUGAGGAGGGAUAUAAUAAAGAAGAAGAAAAAGAAGGAAAAGGAAAAUAAAUUGAUAUCAGCAAGAAGAUUAAAAAGGUUAUUGAGAAAAAAACCUAUAGAUAAAAUUAGAUUAGCUUAUUAGGCCUAUUUCUUUAUUGUAAGUAUUACUGUACUUGCUCUAAGUAUUUUAUCAUAUAGGGAUCAAACAGUUUAUUAAGUAGAUUACCAAUAGUUCAUUGACAAUGUAAAGUCAAAUGUUAUUGAUGAUAUAAGGUUUACUUAUACAAAUAAAAAUUGUAAGACUUAAUUUGGGAGCUCGGUAUGAAUUUUUGAUAACCAUAGUAUUAAUCAAUAUUUGAAUAUAAAUGGCCAGGUACUUAGAUAGGAUGUGAUUGUAGUAAGGGAUUUGAUUUCUCUUCUUUAACAGAUUAUAAUAUUGAUGCGUUUUUCAGUGAAUCUUUUAUGCUUGGUCGUAUUUGUAGUUAAUAUUUACUUUAAAAGAAUUGUAGUACAGUGAACGAACAAUAGUAGAAAAUCUUCAACUCUUGGAACGAUGGUAUUUUUGGAAGACGUAAGAUCUUAUAAGAUUAUAAUUAGCUUUUGUAUUAUGUGCUAGAAGAUAAAUUGGAAUUGAUUUACAAUCUAAUUAAUCUAAUUGUUAAUUAUAAAACAAAAUUACUUGUGGGAAUGGUGAUAAUAUAUUCUGUGUACCUUAAGAUAUGAGUUGUCCUAUAACAGAAAUAGGAUUUACUACUAAUUCAGAAUAUCAAAAUUUAAAAUAACAAAACAAUAGUAAUAAAGGAGAUAUUUUUGAUUUGGGAGCAGGAUUUUACUUUUAUUAUAUUAAAAAUACAUCUAGUUUACCACUUGUAGAAUUUAGAGUGACUGAAGGUGAUAAAGUAUGUAGAAGAAAUUCAGAUCAGAAUAUUUCACCAAAUAGAAUUGAUUAUCCUUUAAUGUUAUCAAGAAGAUAAUUAUGUGAGAAUAAUGAUCCACUUUUCUAAAUUAUUCAUUCGAUUGAUGAAGAAUAAUUUUAUCUUUCUAAUAAUGUAAUUUAUUUAUCUGAAAAAUUACCUUAUUUUAAUAUUGAUGCAAAAUUUAAUUGGACUCUUAAUGCUAAAACAUUUAUUCCUUGGUCUCCUUAAUGUCGAGGUGAAUUAUUUGACCAAGUAUUAUAAGAAGGAGAUACAUUACAUUAUGUAUACACAUCUUUAAGAGUCUAACUUGGUGUUACUAUUACUUAUUUUAUAGUUAUUGGUCUCAUUUUUAAUAUUGUAGGAACAAUGACUGCUUGCAAUUUCGCUUGGUCUUGUAUGGCAAGUAAUAAAUUCAUUUAUAUUAUUUAUAGCUCGUCCUGAAUCUUAAUAUAAUUAUAUAUUCUUUAUAGAAAUUGGAUUCAAAAUAUUAUUAUAAAUUGCUGAAAUCAUAGUAAUAAUAGUUUCUUUUGCUAUCAUAGAUGGGAAAAGAAAAAUAAUUAAAUAAAUUAAUGAUGAUGGAUGUGUAUCAGAUCCUGUUAGUGGCUAUUUCUUUACUAAUUUGGAAAGUGAUUUAACUAAAUUUGCUUGGUCUUACAAUCUAGCUAACUUAGUUAUAUUUGCUGUUACCCUUAUUCUUGAUCUUAUAAUAAUUAAACAUUCAAUUAAUAAAGGACAUCAUCAUGGAGCAAAAAAGCUGCAAGAAAAAGAAGAACAUUAAGAAUUAGAUGUUGGAUCACCUGGUGAAUCAGGAAAUUCAUAAUAGAUUAAAAGUGAUUUAAAACUCUAAGUCAAAGCAGAAGCUUUAUAAACUCCAUUUUGA